CCGACUUUACAUGAGUCCAAAUACGGUCGCGUCGGACCUGUAAAUAUAUAUCCAGCAUCUAACCCACCAGCCGUCUUUACCCGAUCCAUCAUCAUCUUGUUCUUUUUGUUGAUUGGAACGCUCUGUCAAUGGAGUCUUCGUCUUCACGAAGAUCGCUGCUACACACGCAGACAUCUACAACCAGUCCUCAAAGAUUUCUAUCAAAGCGAAUCGAACCAGCAAUUCGAGGCAAAUCGUGUACGAUAUGCUUGAAUCACAUCGACCAUCGCAGAGCAGCGGUGAUCACAACCUGCCUCCAUGCCUAUUGCGUCGAUUGCAUUCGCAGAUGGAGCGAUUUGAAGCGAAACUGUCCUCUCUGCAACGCAGUCUUCGAUGCUUGGUUCUCCCAAAUCAACCUCUCCUCUCGAACCUUCCUCAAACACAAAUUACCAGAAAUCAGUGAGGAUAUUAGGAAGCUCAAUGUCGAAGCUUUGCGUAGCAGGCGAAGAGUUCUUGUUGCGGAGCGAAGGGUCCUCAGAAGAUCAAGGGAAGAAUUUGAUUGUGUCAAUGGGCGAACGAGGCCUUUGCCGAGACAAAGACGGUUUGGAAGGUCAGGAUCAGAGUCUUCUAAUUCUGUUGCUGAGAGAGUUCUUCAGUGGCGUGCUAGCAUAUACGAGCAACACUUGCGGGCUGUUCCUUGUUUUUCUCAGAGUUGUCUUGAGCGGAACACAGCAGGAAACAAUGGUGUCAAAGAUAGGAUACUAAAAAGAAUAGAGCCAUGGAUUCAUAGGGAACUGAAAGCUAUACUUGGGGAUCCAGAUCCAUCUAUUAUUGUGCAUGUGGCAUCCUCACUCUUUAUCUCAGGCCUUGAAGAGAAGCACGAGGUCCCUUCCAAACAAUUUGUUCUUGAGGAUAACUUUAUUGAACCUUUGCGACCUUUUCUGCAUGAAAGGACGAAUAUGUUUUGGCAUGAACUCCGGUACAUCAUCUGCAUAAUAUGUUUUGGCAUGAACUCCGGUGUUUUGCAGAAAGUCCAUUCAACAUUGAGACAUACGACACUGUAGUUGAAUAUAAAAAAUUGUCAGAAUAAGUUCAGAAGAGAAACUUCAAAGGCUUUGUUGGCAACUUGGGGGGUCAUGUUCUUCAAAAAGAUCUAUGGCUCCAAAGGAUCGUGCAAGCUGUCAUUGGAAUUGUGUCUUCAUCUGCCUGUUCGGAGAGAUAGUCAAUGGUCUUAAUGGUCUUAAUCCAGCGCAUGUCUGCCUGACUUGAAAACAAUCCACGCAAUUUGCACAAACCAAGAAGAAUGAGCCAAAGCGGGUAGAGUUGCAUCAUGUUAUCAAGGGGAAGAACAAUAGAAUUGAAGAAGACAAGCGAGUAGCUUCCUCAUUCAAGAUUAUCCAUGUUCAUCAGGGUGUUUAUUCAAAUAAUAGUACACCCUAAUUGGAGAUUCUUGUUAUCAGUUUCAUCCAGUCGCAUUUUUAUCCAGCUUAUAUGGUUUGUGAUAUCUAUACUGGCUAAUGGAUUUUGUGACUGUUAAAUUUCUUUCAGUUCUAUUUAACUGGCUAUUUUUACUGCCAAAAAA